AUGCCGAGACGUUCGAAAAUACCUAGACUCUUAGAGGACAUAACCAAUAUAAGAGAAGACCUUUCAGAUACCGAAGAUGAUUUUGAUCCUGCAGAAAAUUCAGGGGAUCAAUCAGAAACAAAAGAUGUGUGUGUUUCCUCAGACAGCAAUAGUGAAGAAGAGAACAUGCUAAAUGUACGUAGGAGGAGAAGAAUUUUGAGAUUGUCGUCAUCUUCGGAUGAAAGUGACUGUCAACAAACUGAAAUUGCAAAUGAUGGAACUGUUUGGACUAAAAUAAAAGCUGGAUCCAAUCCAGGAAGAAGAUCAAUAAAUACUAUAUUCAAAGGAGUAAUUGGACCUACAGGAUAUGCAAAACGUAACAUAGUGAAGGGCACUGUAAGUAGUGCAUUUUUAUUGAUAAUCAAUCGCCAAAUUAUAGAUCAUAUUAGAAUAUGCACAAAAGCAGAAGCUUAUCGAGUUCUUGGUGAAAAAUGGGAUCUAUCUCAAGAAAAGUUUUACGCUUUUCUUGCAAUUUUAUAUGCUCGUGGUGCUUACGAAACUAAAAAUAUAAAAUUAUCGUACUUGUGGUCUGAAAAAUGGGGACCAUCGUUUUUUAGAAACACAAUGAGUAGAAAAGAGUUUACAGAUAUUUUAAGAUUUAUCCGAUUUGAUAAAAAAAAUGAACGGAGUGUAAGAUUGCAAACAGAUAAAUUUGUUUUAAUCUCACACGUUUGGAAUUCCUUCAUUGAAAAUAGCCAGAAUUGUUAUGUACCGGGACCAAACAUUACAAUCGACGAACAAUUAUUCCCAACCAAAGCAAGAUGCCGAUUCACUCAAUACAUGCCAAAUAAACCAAAUAAGUUCGGAAUAAAAUUUUGGUUGGCAUCUGAUCUCCAAACUAAAUAUAUUAUAAAUGGAUUCCCCUAUCUAGGAAAGGACGAAACAAGACAGUCAUCAAUUCCUUUGAGUGAGUUUGUUGUACUGAAAUUAAUUGAACAAUAUGCCGGUGCUGGAAGAAAUGUUACCACUGAUAAUUUUUUUACCAGCAAAUCACUGGCACUAAAAUUAUUGGAAAAACGUACUACAUUGGUUGGAACUAUUCGUGGUAAUAAAAGAGAAUUGCCGGAACUGGCUAAACAAAAAAAGGAUAAUUUACCUAGAUUUUCAUCUCAAAUUUAUAAAACAGAUAACUGUACUUUGACAAUAUAUAAAAGCAAGGCAACCAAAAAAGUACUUCUUCUAAGUACCAAACAUACUUCUGUCUCAAUUGAAAAAAGUAAAAAACAACUGCCUGAAACUAUCGCAUUUUAUAAUAAAACAAAAUGCGGAGUAGAUAUGACGGAUCAAAUGGCCAGAAAGUAUAGUGUAAAAUCAGGAUCUCGAAGAUGGCCUCUUCAAGUGUUUUUUAACAUUCUCGAUUUAGCGGCAAUAAAUGCAUGGGUUUUAUACAAGGAGACAACUGGCGAAAAUAUAUCAAGAAAAGAUUUUCUGUUUCAAUUAGCGGAAGAACUUUCCACAGAGUGUAAAGAUCCAUCUGAACUGCAAAACUUGAAUGACCUCUUCACGACCCCGGAGAUCUGCAAUAUACGAAAAACGUGCCAAAUAGGUUUUUGUAAUGAAAAUAAAACUAUUAAUAUAUGUGCUGGUUGUAAAAAACAUGUUUGUGGGAAAUGCACACUAAAAAAACUAAUUAUAUGUAAAAAAUGUGAUGAUACCAAUAAUAAAUAA